GGGGAGGAAGCGGAAGCGGGAGCGGGAGGUGGCCGGGUCCGGUAGCGGCGGGGCGCGGGGCGUCAUGUCGGUGAAGCGGAAAGCCGAGGCCCUGAUCCCGGCCGAGGAGAGCGACCAGCUGCUCAUCCGGCCCCUCGGUGCUGGCCAAGAAGUAGGAAGGUCAUGCAUUAUUCUGGAGUUUAAAGGAAGAAAAAUAAUGCUUGACUGUGGAAUCCAUCCUGGACUGGAAGGAAUGGAUGCUCUUCCUUACAUUGAUUUGAUAGAUCCUGCUGAGAUUGAUCUCCUCCUAAUUAGUCAUUUCCAUUUAGAUCACUGUGGGGCUUUACCGUGGUUUUUGCAGAAAACAAGUUUUAAGGGAAGGACAUUUAUGACUCAUGCCACAAAAGCUAUUUAUAAAUGGCUUCUUUCAGACUGUGUCAAAGUCAGUAAUAUAUCAGCGGAUGACAUGCUGUACACAGAGACAGACCUUGAAGAAAGCAUGGACAAGAUUGAGACCAUCAACUUCCAUGAAGUGAAAGAGGUGGCAGGAAUCAAGUUCUGGUGUUACCACGCGGGCCACGUUCUGGGAGCAGCCAUGUUCAUGAUUGAAAUAGCUGGUGUGAAGCUUUUAUAUACAGGUGAUUUCUCAAGACAGGAAGACAGACAUCUGAUGGCAGCUGAGAUUCCCAAUAUUAAACCUGAUAUUCUUAUAAUUGAAUCCACGUAUGGUACUCAUAUUCAUGAAAAAAGGGAAGAGCGAGAGGCACGAUUCUGCAAUACCGUUCAUGACAUUGUAAAUAGAGGAGGUAGAGGUCUUAUUCCUGUGUUUGCCCUGGGUCGAGCGCAGGAGCUACUUUUAAUUUUAGAUGAAUACUGGCAGAAUCAUCCUGAACUCCAUGAUAUCCCUAUAUACUAUGCCUCCUCUUUGGCAAAGAAAUGUAUGUCGGUUUAUCAGACAUAUGUCAACGCCAUGAAUGACAAAAUCCGCAAGCAAAUUAACAUCAACAAUCCAUUUGUUUUCAAGCAUAUUAGUAAUCUGAAGAGUAUGGAUCAUUUUGAUGAUAUUGGCCCCAGUAUUGUGAUGGCUUCCCCAGGUAUGAUGCAGAGUGGCUUGUCCAGAGAGUUGUUUGAGAGCUGGUGCACAGAUAAGAGAAAUGGAGUCAUUAUAGCAGGGUACUGCGUGGAAGGAACGCUUGCUAAGCACGUCAUGUCUGAACCUGAAGAGAUCACAACUAUGUCAGGCCAAAAGCUCCCAAUGAAGAUGUCUGUGGAUUACAUUUCUUUCUCUGCUCACACAGAUUAUCAACAAACUAGUGAAUUUAUCCGGGCCCUGAAACCUCCACAUGUGAUUUUAGUUCAUGGUGAGCAGAAUGAAAUGGCCAGAUUGAAGGCAGCGCUGAUACGAGAAUAUGAGGAUAAUGACGAAGUUCAUAUAGAAGUUCAUAAUCCUAGGAAUACUGAAGCUGUGACAUUAAACUUCAGAGGAGAAAAACUUGCCAAGGUGAUGGGAUCUUUAGCAGAUAAGAAACCAGAGCAAGGACAGAGAAUUUCUGGAAUCCUAGUUAAAAGAAAUUUUAACUAUCACAUCCUUUCUCCCUGUGACCUCUCCAAUUAUACAGACUUGGCGAUGAGCACUGUAACACAGACACAAGCCAUUCCAUAUACCGGCCCUUUUAAUCUGCUUUACUAUCAGCUACAGAAACUUACCGGUGAUGUAGAAGAAAUAGAAAUCCAACAAAAACCAGCCUUGAAGGUUUUCAAAAAUAUCACUGUGAUCCAGGAACCAGGCAUGGUGGUCCUUGAGUGGGUGGCAAAUCCUGCUAAUGAUAUGUAUGCAGACACCGUGACAACAGUGAUACUGGAAGUUCAGUCAAAUCCCAAAAUACAGAAAGCUGCAGUACAUAAAAUUUCCAAAAAAGUAGAUAUGGAUGUGUAUAGGAAGAGAAUGGAGAUCAUGCUUCAGGACAUGUUUGGAGAAGACUGCGUGAGUUCAAAAGACGGCUCGGUCCUGAGUGUCACGGUGGAUGGGAAGACGGCAAACAUUUCCCUGGACACGCGGACAGUUGAGUGUGAGCCAGGAAGUGAAGAUGACGAAUCCCUUCGUGAGAUGGUAGAACUGGCUGCGCAGAGGCUUUACGAUGCCCUCAGCCCAGUGUGCUGACCUCUGCAGAUACCAUCAGAACCAUCUUCUAAAUGUUCCAUUUACGUGGACUAUUUUUUUAAGAGUAAAUUUUUUUCUUCAGCAAGUCAACCAUAUCAAUUCUGUGACUGUGAAACUGCUGGGUUAUUUCAAGUAAUGGAUGAGCAACCUUCUAGCAACUAUAUUUGUGCAUAUAGAUGAUAAUAAAGUCAGGCAAACUAUG